UAAGAUCGAGAUUAAUACUCUGUUUUUGACCUCUGUUUCUACUCUUAUUGCCAGUCACACGAUAAGACUCUUUAAGAAUGUUUGAUCUUUGCGUUGUUGGCGCGGGUUUGAUUGGAUCCGCGGCAGCCAAGCAUGCGUCUAACUUUCUCAAUGUCUGCUUGAUUGGCCCGGAUGAGCCUGACAAGAAACGCUCCCAAGAUUCGCCUAGGGACAUAUAUGGUGGACAUUAUGAUGAAGGCAGAAUUUACAUGCGGUCAACUUCUGAUCCUGUCUGGGCCAAACUAGCUCAAAAGUCAAUACCUAGAUACGCCGAAAUUGAGAAAGAAUGCGGAAUCGAGAUUGCCAAAGAAGUUGGGUGUCUUUCGAUUGGAAGCCAUGGAGGAAAUUACAUUACCUCGGUAAAAAAUGUUGUUGAGAAAGAUAAUUUAAGCGCAAGUGUGUUGAGUGGAACAGAAGCUCGAUCUCUUUUUCCUUUCUUGUCAAUUCCAAAAGAUGACGAGGCGGUGUUCGAGUCACAUUCGGCAGGAUACAUCAGUCCUAGAAGACUCGUAAAAGCCCAGAUAACGAUCGCAAAGACUAAUGGUUGCCAACACAUACAAGAGGUGGUUCGAAGCGUAACUCGUGUGGUGCCCGAUAAUGACAAUCCCAUUAUGUUGAUGGAAGUGACUACCGACUCUGGGACAAAAAUUCUAGCAAAGAAAGUCCUUGUGGCUACUGGUGCCUUUACAGCCUUCAGAGAUCUCUUAGGAACCGGGGUUUCUCCCGAUACAAAGCUUUAUCCAUUGGCAGUCACGAAACUAGAAAUCAGCAAAGAGGAUGCUAACAAAAUAAGCACCAUGCCUUCGGUCCUCUAUUUUGGUCGAGGCGGGGAUGAUUGGAGUCGGGAUUAUCCUGUUGAUCCCCGGGCACCUGUCGUCUUUUACAUGCUUCCUCCAAUUCGUUAUCCUGAUGGAAAAUACUACAUAAAACUUGGUCACUCUCAUGAUUCGGUACCAAAGCUGCUGCACACAGGGACACAGAUGAAGAAGUGGUUCGACCAGGGACCUGAUGCACGACUUACUCGGCAAAUGGCAGACAUGAUCUUAAGUGUGGUCAAAGGUGUUAAAGUACUCUCUUUCCAUGGUGACAGUUGUGUGGUAGAUGUUGCCCCUAGCAACAGACCCUACAUAGACCUAAUCCACAACCAGCUAGGGGUAGCCAUUGCAGGGAAUGGAUAUGCAGCCAAGUCCAGUGACGAGAUAGGAAGACUUGCCGUGGAGCUACUGAUGAAUGGGAAAUGGGAUACUGAUCUCCCUCAGAACUUAUUUUAUGUAAAGUUAAAGUCAGGUCGUGGAAUGUGUAUAAGUAAACUGUAAAUAUAAUUCAGUAAAUCAUUUCUUUUCUGUUUGAUUGAUAACUUUUUUGUGAUGUUAUCCAUGUGAUUCUAAAGGUUGAUCAAAAAGUUGAAUCUAAAAUGUACCCCAAGUUUUCCCCAAGUAUCAAAUAAA